AUGCAAAUUGCUCUGGCGCUCACCGUCGACCGGGCGCGGGCGCUGCUGCGCGGCGGCGCGGACACUUCGGCCGGCGAGCCUUCUGCCCUCGAGCGGGCGCGCGUCCUCUGUUCGUGGGGCGAGUCGGAUCCGACCGCUGCGGCCGUCGGCUCCACCGUCGCAAUCCACUCUCUGGUCUCGCGGCCGUCGAUGAACGGCAAGGUCGGCGUCGUCGUCUCCGCGAGCGCUUCGACGGGACGCUUCGGCGUGCGCGUGGCAGGCGAGGCCAAGGCCCUCGCACUGAGGCGCGCUAUGGUCCCUCCCCCACUCGCCGGAUCCUCGCUUUGGACACGCCCCACGCCUCUGCCCUUCCUCAGGCCGGCCAACCUGGAGCCAGCGGCCGCGGCGGUGGAGGUGGGCAGGCUCAUCGUCAAGGCGGCGGAGUGGUCGCCGCAGUCGCACGAGCUCUUCCCGGAGGCGGCUCGCAAGUGGGCGGUCGCG